AUGAUCGCUAACGUCGUGGUCGGUGUAGUAGUGAAGGGAAGCAACAUGAAGUUGGAUGGGAUCUAUGCUGCUCGGGCUGGGGCAGUGGGGGGCGGAUUGAUGUGUUCCUUUGGCCUUUUCGCCGUAUUGUUGGGUUCUUUCAUGUUCUGGAAAAACUUAGCCGAAAAAUUUAUGAUUCCUUGGCGCGCGAAACUGCUGUUUACCGGAAAUUCGCCCGUGUCAGAACGUGGUGAGUCGCAUCGCACCACACAUCAAACCAUAAGCGCUGAGCGGUCCAAAAGUCUGCCCAACAUAGCGAGGAGAGCAAAGGUCCUUGGUUGUCGAAUGAUGAUCGAUAUUAAAUUGGGGUCUAGGUCACAAGCUUGAACAAUAAGCUCAUCCGCAUGUGGGCUGCUUCCAAGAUAAAGAGGACAUAUACUGCUGCACAUAGUGAAUAUACUUGGAUACCAGCCAACAUGAGUACAAUCAGUAGACUGGGUAAAUUUCUGACAGUUCUCAUCCAGAGAAUCGGAACAAUGACCUUCAACUCUUGAGUCAGAUGGAACUCCAGGUUUAGCGGGGGUACCGAGAUUUGUGCAAGAAAAAAACAGUAACUAUGAAACCUAUGGCACUGUAUGACACUAUAUGCCAGAAUGUUGAGACCGUGAACGGGAAUAAUGUCUGUGAGAAGGUAGAACAGGCCGGUAUGAACAUUGAAGACUGGCAGAACCAGAGGCAAGCUACAAUUAGAAGUUAAAUGGCAUGUAGGUAGAGCAAUGAGCACUUGCAGCAGGAGGGACUGGCUUCUUGAAGCUCGAAAUGGAGGAAGUACGAUAACAUAGUUAUCAGAGACCAUUUCUUUCUCUUUGUUCCUC